UUUGUUUUUUUUUGGUAAACACACACACACGUAUGAUCACUUCAAUGACAAUCAAUUAAUACUAGUUGGGUUGAGAAAUCCCUUCUCUCUCGAGAUCAAAAAGGUCAUUGAGGAGUAAAUGGAUUCUGGGUUAAACGAUCUAAAAUCCCUUCAGAUAACUUCUGCUGAUGAUGACGAAGAAUUGGUGGAAGAAAUCGAAGUGGAAGGAGGAGAACAUGAUGAUGAUGAUGAAGCAGAGGGAGUGACCCUAGGUUUUGUGGAGAAACCCAAAAAUCCCUGCUUUCUUCUUUGCCAUCUAUUUCCAAGCAAAGCUGGUGGCGUCCCGGCGUGGUUGGAUCCGGUGGACUUGCCACGAGAAAGCUCGAACUGUGGCUUCUGUGGGGAGCCUCUUCAGUUCCUUCUUCAGGUUUAUGCUCCAAUCUCGAAGAAAGAAUCCACGUUCCAUCGCACGUUGUUUCUGUUCAUGUGCCCGUCCAUGUCAUGCCUUGUCCAAGACCAGCAUGAGCAGUGGAAGCGUGAUGAGAAUCCUCGUAGAAGUGUGAAGAUUUUCCGUUGCCUAUUACCUCGGUCUAAUCAUUUUUACUCGAGUGAGCCUCCGAGGCAUGAUGGAACUGACCAGCCACUCAGUAGUGGAGCUGUGCUCUGCUCUUGGUGUGGCACAUGGAAGGGAGAUAAAAUUUGUAGUCGUUGCAGGAGAGCACGCUACUGUUCUGAGAAACAUGAGGGCAUGCAUUGGCGAUCAGGUCAUAAAAAUGACUGCCGUCAGAUAAUUAGUUCUUCAGAAGAUUCUGCAUCUACACCUGGCAAUAGUAGAGGGAAAUUAUGGGCUAUAAGCAAAGCUGCCUGCAGCACUCUAUGGCCAGAGUAUGAGAUUGUGAUUGAGGACGAACUUGCAUUUGAUACAGAAAUGUCUGAAGAGAAUAGUUGUGCAACGGCUUUGGUGUCUAAGCAUGACAAAAUUGAUGAAACAUUUCAGUUGUUGUCAGACGAGUUUGAGGCUGAUGACAAUAAGAAAAGUUGGGCAUUUUUUGAAGAGCAAAUUGCUAAAGCCCCUGAGCAAGUGUUGAGAUACUGCCGAGAUUUGAAGGUGAAACCACUAUGGCCUUUGUCAGUUGGCCGUCCAUCUGAAGCAGAUCUUCCUAAAUGCAACCACUGUAAAGGUCCUUUAUGUUAUGAAUUCCAGAUCAUGCCUCAGUUAUUGUAUUACUUUGGUGUGAGAAAUGAUCCUGAUUCUCUUGAUUGGGGAACCAUUGUUGUCUACACAUGCAUAGCUUUGUGUGAAGAGAGUGUGAGCUACAAAGAGGAGUUUGCAUGGGUUCAAUUGUAUCCUACUGCAGCAAUACCUUAGUAGUGGUACAACAUUGAUGAGCAAGUCACCUAUGAUAUAGCUCCAGGUCAUGUUUCAGUUUGUCAAUCUCUGGCUUGGGAAAAAACCCCAGCAACUGGAUUGGAAGAUCCUAUAUGCAUGCCUAUGAUGAGCUUCUUUGGAGCAAGUGUGAGCCACAAAGAGGUUUAUAUAUUCUGCUAUGCCCUUUUUAUGGCAAUUCCUUGUGAGUGCUUCAGUGUUUUGUAGUGCUAGCAAAUAAUUUUUGUUAACUUACAUUCUUAUUGUCGUGUUUGAUGUCUUCUGUGUGUUUAAUGGCUUCUCCAAUUUUUUUUUUACUUCUCUCUCCAGCAUUGAGCCUUUCCACUGCUGAUAAUUGGCAUCAGUUGCGAUUUUUUGUUUCAAUAUUGGUUUAACUUGAUAGAAGAAAAUGGAGAGUUCUUUUCUGCUUUACAUGCAAGCCUUGAAUUUGGCGGUGUGAUCCUCCCCUAUAUGUGAUGAGCCAAUAAUAUUUAUUAUUAAGUUAAAUACCUGCAUUACAACUACUCUUGUACCAUAUUCUAGUGAUCAUAUGAUGGCCUGAUGGUGGCAUGUUUCCUUGUUUAAGUCUCUUCAUACUGGUAUGGUGUUGUCUAGAUUUUGUUUGUGUUGCUGGAAGAGAUUCAGGUCUUUGUAAAGAUGACUGGGAUCUAGAAGGUUGUUUAUUACUUUUGCGGAAAGCAACUGAAAGUUCUGUAAUUUUUACCUCUUUAUCUCUUU